UGAUUUUAAUGUCCAACAUGAACAAAAUUUCUCAAUUGAGUUAAACUUUUCGGCAAAAAAUUAUUACAAAUUUGAAAUAAAUCCUAAUGAAAAUAUGGGACAAUGUCGGCAAAACAUCCGUUGAAGUUGGUUGCCUUACGAAGUCGGAAUGACUUACUAAGCAAGCGCAAGAGGUAUUCACUCUGCCGCCUGGGCAUGCUCGGUAUGAAUCCCGCGCGAGGCGGCCAAAACAAUGCCGUAUCUGUGGCAGCAUCACAAAAGCCAGCAAGAUGGCAUCUUCAAGUUGAUGUUGAACGAGCGAAAGAAGAUCCUCAGAUAUCGUUACCCUUACUUUUGUACGUGUACAGUCCUUGGCAUUUAGUUAUUAACAAAUUCAGCCUAUGGAAACUGAAAAUAUUUUGGGACUGGGAAUUUUCCGAACUUCAGUUCAUCGAAAACGCUAAGCACGCAGUGGUGCUCAUCACCAAGCUGAUAAAUGAGCAGCGUGAACAGUACAUUAAGCAAUGCACCACUCCCAUGGGAUACAAACAGAUCCUGCACGAUAUUGGAAAGUUGCAUAGACCGCAGACACAAGAUUGGCCAAAGAAACUUUUACGCUUCGAGAAACGACACAUUCGUCGGUCUAUUAUAUUGAAGCUGCAACAAUUGCCCCAUUACGAUCAUAAGUUCGCCUUUGUUGAUGUUGUCUUUUUGGCGUGCAGACGCGCCAAUGACUUUGACUUGACUUCAGAUAUUGAAGAGAUGGGUGAUUUAAUUAAUCGGUUCGCCAAGAAGAAGAAGCAUUUUUUGGUACCUUUUCCAGUUGUGUUUGCCGAGUUCUUUGUGCGUUUUCGAAGGGAUUAUUCGAUGCCAGCAUCGAAAAGAACAGGUCAAUGGCUGGUCUCUACCUAUAAAAUCCUUAAAUUGGACAUGCUUAAUUAUCAUCCCGAGUUCAGUGCCGGAAGUCAGUCAAUCUAUCAGUCUCAACCUGCAUGAAUUCAAUACAGUUCAAUAUAUAAAUAGAAUCUAUCUGCUUAACUCCAUGUUAAGUUAAAUGAAAACCACCCAGCACUGAAGUGAAAAGUCUUGAAGUGCUUCACAA